AUGGCUCCCGUUAUGCGCCUGGGCUCCGCCGCCCUGAGGUCCUCCUUCAACCUCGCUUCUCGCCAGACUGCCUUCACUGCCGCCAGAUGCUACUCUUCCAAGACUCAGACUCUCAAGGAGCGCUUCGCUGAGCUCCUCCCCGAGAAGAUCGAGGAGAUCAAGGCCCUCCGCAAGGAGCACGGUUCCAAGAUCGUCGACAAGGUCACUCUCGACCAGGUCUAUGGCGGUGCCCGUGGCAUCAAGUGCCUUGUCUGGGAGGGUUCCGUCCUCGACGCCGAGGAGGGUAUCCGUUUCCGCGGAAAGACCAUCCCCGAGUGCCAGGAGCUCCUCCCCAAGGCUCCCGGUGGCAAGGAGCCCCUUCCCGAGGGUCUCUUCUGGCUUCUCCUGACCGGUGAGGUCCCCUCCGAGCAGCAGGUCCGCGACCUCUCUGCCGAGUGGGCUGCCCGCUCCGAUAUCCCCAAGUUCAUUGAGGAGCUCAUCGACCGCUGCCCCUCUGACCUCCACCCCAUGGCUCAGCUCUCCCUCGCCGUCACCGCUCUCGAGCACACCUCUUCUUUCGCCCGUGCCUACGCCAAGGGUAUCAACAAGAAGGAGUACUGGGGCCACACCUUUGAGGACGCCAUGGACCUCAUUGCCAAGCUCCCCACCAUUGCUGCCCGCAUCUACCAGAACGUCUUCAAGGGCGGCAAGGUCGCUGCUGUCCAGAAGGACAAGGAUUACGCCUUCAACUUCGCCAACCAGCUCGGCUUCGGCGAGAACAAGGACUUCGUUGAGCUCCUCCGUCUGUACCUCACCAUUCACACCGACCACGAGGGUGGCAACGUCUCUGCCCACACCACUCACCUUGUCGGCUCUGCCCUCAGCUCUCCCUUCCUUUCCGUCGCUGCCGGUCUUAACGGUCUCGCCGGUCCCCUCCACGGUCUUGCCAACCAGGAGGUCCUUAACUGGCUCACCGAGAUGAAGAAGGUCAUCGGUGAUGAUCUCUCCGAUGAGGCCAUCACCAAGUACCUCUGGGAUACCCUUAACUCCGGUCGCGUUGUUCCCGGUUACGGCCACGCCGUCCUCCGCAAGACCGACCCCCGCUACUCUGCCCAGCGCAAGUUCGCCCAGGAGCACCUCCCCGAGGACCCUAUGUUCCAGCUCGUCAGCCAGGUCUACAAGAUCGCCCCCAAGGUUCUCACCGAGCACGGCAAGACCAAGAACCCCUACCCCAACGUCGAUGCCCACUCCGGUGUUCUUCUCCAGCACUAUGGUCUUACUGAGGCCAACUACUACACUGUUCUCUUCGGUGUUUCCCGCGCCAUUGGUGUCCUUCCUCAGUUGAUCAUCGACCGCGCCGUCGGUGCCCCCAUCGAGAGGCCCAAGUCUUUCUCCACUGAGAAGUGGAUCGAGAUCGCCAAGAAGCUGUAA